AUGCUUUAUAAAUAGCUAUGGUGGUAUAGUCAAAGUGCACCACCAAAGAUCUCCUUUCUUGUCUUAUCUAAUAUUUCCAAUUCCAAGCAAUGGCUCCAACAAUUGCUACACCAAUCACCGAUUCCGCAGAUAUCGCAAACUUUGUUAUAAGCAAAGGAAAUGGAGUGAAGGGUCUCUCUGAAAUGGGACUCGAAUGCCUUCCCCAACGAUUUAUCCAACCCCUAGAAGAAAGGAUCAGUUUCAGCAACAUCAUGCCUCAAGAGUCCAUACCCAUCAUUGACAUGUCAAACUGGAACGACCCAAAAGUUGCAGAAUCAAUCUGUGAUGCAGCAGAGACAUGGGGUUUCUUUCAGAUUAUUAACCAUGGGGUGCCCAUUGAAGUGCUUGAGAAUGUGAAGGAUGCAACCCAUUUGUUCUUUGGGUUGCCAGCUGAGGACAAGAAGAAGUUCCUAAAAGAGAAUUCACCUUCAAAAAAUGUGCGGUUUGGAACCAGCUUUUCUCCUAAAGCAGAGAAGGCUCUUGAAUGGAAGGAUUACCUCAGCCUCUUCUAUGUUUCUGAGGAUGAGGCCUCUGCAUCAUGGCCUUCCGUCUGCAAGGAUCAAGUGCUGGAAUACAUGAAGAGCUCUGAAGUUGUUAUCAAACGGCUAUUAGAGGUGCUAAUGAAGAGAUUAAAUGUGAACGAAAUCGAUGAGAUGAAAGAAUCACUAUUGAUGGGUUCAAAGAGAAUCAACCUUAACUACUAUCCCAUUUGUCCUAAUCCCGAGCUCACGGUGGGAGUAGGCCGUCAUUCCGAUGUCUCAACCCUCACUAUCUUGCUUCAAGAUGAGAUUGGUGGACUUUAUGUGCGAGGAAAAAAUGAUAGCUGGAUCCAUGUUCCACCUAUAAGUGGCUCGCUCGUUAUCAAUGUUGGUGAUGCACUUCAAAUAAUGAGUAAUGGAAGAUACAAGAGCAUUGAGCACCGUGUGCUUGCCAAUGGAAGCCAGAACAGGAUUUCGGUUCCCAUCUUCGUGAAUCCAAAGCCAUAUGAGAUAAUUGGUCCUUUCCCAGAAAUGCUCGCCGGAGGGGAGAAAGCAGCAUAUAGGCAAGUUCUGUAUUCGGAUUAUGUGAAGCAUUUUUUCGGGAAGGCUCAUGAUGGGAAGAACACGGUUGAGUUUGCAAAAAUAUGAUUUUUUUUAUGGGGUGUUGUGCGUUGUUCUAUUGUCAUCGAGAUCAUUGGUAUGAAAUAAGACUCGUGCUUUAAGGACUAGAAUCCUUUCAAGAUGGUAGAUUGUACUUUGUGGGGUGUUGUGCGUUAUUCUAUUGUCUUCGAGAUCAUUGGUAUGAAAUAAGACUCGUGCUUUAAGGACUACGAAUCCUUUCAA